AAUAUUGAUUACAUAAGCAAAACAAGAUGGCAUAACCUGACCAUGAGGCGUUUAUGGUGCUCCAUAAGUGCGAAACUAUCAUAUAUCUAGCUAAUCACUUUAUCCCAUGUUGAUGUUUUGUCAGUUUAUGACAGAUUAGAGAGGAAUUACUUCCGGCGGAAGAUUAACCAUCACAGACUCCGUAAACUGAUGAUCCGGACUUUAGGAGUUUAUUACUUAGAACCGGGAGUUGGUUCUGAUGUGAGUUCGGACCGAACCCAAACUACUCCUUAUACCACUGCGAGGAGUCAGUCGGACAUCAUGAGGGAAGAUGAAGCCGUCCGGCCCGCUCCUCCUGCUGGUCCUCCUCGCCGCGGCCGGGCCGAGCCGGGCCCAGUUCAGGACGUCCCUCCUGGAUUUUUCUGGGAUCCUGCCGAGCCUGAGCCGACCGGCAAACCACAGCCGCAUCUUCUACGCCGUGAUGUUCGACGCGGGGAGCACGGGGACGCGCAUUCACGUCUACACCUUCAUCCAGAGCAACUCAGAGCCGCUGCCUGUUUUGGACAAUGAGAUGUUCCACUCCAUAAAGCCGGGUUUGUCAGCGUACGCCGACCACCCCGAAACGGCUGGUGAAACGGUGAGGAUGCUGUUGAAGGUCGCCAAGAAGACGGUUCCUCGUCUGGACUGGAAGAGAACGCCGCUGGUCCUCCGAGCCACGGCCGGACUCCGCCUGCUGCCCGCAGCCAAAGCCCAGGCGCUUCUGGACCAGGUCCAACUCGUGUUUGACGAAUCCCCGUUUCUGGUGCCAGACAACAGCGUCAGCAUUAUGAACGGCACGAACGAAGGCAUUCUAGCUUGGAUUUCUCUGAACUUUCUAACAGGUCACCUGAACAGUCACGCCACAAAGACUGUGGGAAUCCUGGACUUGGGAGGAGGAUCCACACAGAUCACGUUCCUGCCCAAACUGAGGACAACGAUCGAGAGCGCUCCUGACGGCGAUUAUGUUGCCAGAUUUGAUUUCCUCAACUCAACGUUUGAGUUGUACACUCACAGUUAUCUUGGAAACGGACUAAUGGCUGCCCGUCUCUCCACCCUGGGUGCUCUGGGCGCAGAAGGGUUGGAGUGGCAGGUUUUUAAAAGCUCCUGCCUGCCAAGUAAGUUCAGGGACGACUGGAGCUUCGGCGGUCUUACCUACCAAGUGAGCGGAGACCAAGACGGUCGUGUGGGAUACAAGCCUUGCUAUCAGGAAGUCCUCCAGGUGGUGAAGGGGAUUAUUCAUCAGCCGCACGAGCUCGAAGACAGCAACGUGUUCUACGCGUUCUCCUAUUACUUUGACAGAGCUGUGGAUGCGGGCCUUAUCAAUAAUGUCCAAGGAGGAACGGUGCGGGUCAGAGACUUCAAGAAGAGAGCGAAAGAGGCGUGCAAUAAGAUGACCGAGUACCCGGCUGUCAGUCCUUUCCUGUGUAUGGACCUGACCUACAUCACUUGUCUGCUGAAGGAUGGAUUUGGCUUCAAGGACGGCACCGUCCUGCAGUUAACCAAGAAAGUGAAGAAUGUCGAGGCUAGCUGGGCGCUAGGUGCCAUGUUGGACCAUUUUCACAACCUGAAGAUCCACUAAGGAGCAGUAAUGAACAGAGGUCGAAUUACAUGGUGCUCGUCUUCAAACUGAUUGUUUUUGCCGCCUUUUCUAACCAGCUGCUGAGAUAGAAAUAACUUUGACUAAAUUCAAACACUCAGCUGUUUGAAUUCUGCUGUAAAUCUGCAUUAGCAAGAGCGGGUGAAGCACUGGAUGCUAAAUAGGCUGUCAGCUGGAACUGGACACAACUACUUUAGCUUCAUACAGAUGUUUACUACAGGGGGCUUUGGUUGUGCAAAACAUGAUUGUUUUUAUUAAAAAGAGUUAAAGUUUUUUUACCAU